AUGGCGAGACCGAGGCCUCGAAUCCGCGCCGUACCGCGAGGCCCGGUGCUCCUCUUCCUCCUCGUCCCGCUCAUCUACUCCGUGUCCAGGCUGCACCCCUGGGCGCCAGCGGAGAAGGGCGUGUGCCUGCCACCCCCAACCGCGCUGAAGCGGCCUGACCGUCUCGUGCUCGGCCCCGCCGCCGGACAAGGCCACCCCGACCGCCUCCAGUGCCAAGGACUUAGAGCUCUGAACAAGAUUGACCUAUCAAGUGAAGAGAACUAUUCUGGAGAACACAUUUCUUUUGUUACUGUAUUCACAACCUACAAUUCUGUCUCAGCUGGAGAUGGCAAAAUUCCAUCUGAUUCUGUAACUGUUGGAAACCAUUCUUAUAGCAAAAUAGAAAGAUCCAUGGCCAUUCUGAACACUUUCAUCAGUUUCAUAAGGGUAUCAAUGCCAAGAAGCAACGUGAUCAUAUUGACUGAUCCUGGUUCAAAAAUUUCAGUAAAUCAAGGGAGUGCUACACUAUUGCCUAUUGAAGGAAACUAUUCUCGAGGAAAUUUGAUGCUUCAAAGAAUAAAGACAUACAUUAAAGCCAGCAAACUUCAAAUUAAACUCUCUUUUUUCAGAGCUGUGGAAUUCUUGAAACAAGUCCUUGAAGCUUACAGCUUAAGAUAUAUUAAGGCUUCCCAUAUGCUUGGUGACCAAUUAGCACUGGCAUGGGUUGUCAAGUCUCAUCGACCAUCGGCUUUUGGAAAAUUUUCUAAGCAUGAGGCAUUUACUGGUGAAGUUAAUGGAGCAUCUGUUCUCUUCUUGCCUUGUGCUGUUUAUAAUUGGACCCCGCCUGAGGGUGCUGGACAGUUUCAUGGUAUACCCUUGGAUGUUAAGGUAUAA